UAAAGAGCACCCGAGCACAGGCUCCGGUCUCUCUUGCUCACUGUGACAGCGAAGUGCCUCACUGAAAACCAGUGAGCGGGGACGUAAGCGGCCUCUGAUCUUUCUCACUCUUUCCCCCACACAAUUCCUCUAUUUUUGUGUUUGCAUUUUCCAAGGAAGAGGCGUUUUCACGGACAGCUGUGGGACAGAAUCUUUCUGAGGAGGCAAGUGCUUGGCUGUAAUAUUUCAUUGCAGUCAUGGCUCCUAAGAAGAAGAAUGUGAAAAAGAACAAAGCGGAUAUCAACGAAACAACUAUCAUUGUGGAAGAUAGCCCCCUCAGUAAACUAAAUGGCUUGAAUGGACUCUUGGAAGGAGGAAAUGGUUUCAGCUGCAUUUCAUCUGAGGUUUCGGACCCAUCAUACUGUCCAAACCUCUUGGAAGGUCUAAGCAAAAUGAGACAAGAAAAUUUCCUUUGUGACUUGACUAUCAGUACCAAAACCAAAUCAUUCAGUGUUCAUAAGGUAGUGAUGGCUUCAAGCAGUGAAUACUUUCACAACAUCUUAAAGAAAGAUCCGUCCACUCAAAGAGUGGACCUCAAUGAUGUGUCCCCAGUGGGUCUAGCUACUGUUAUCACCUAUGCUUACACUGGAAAACUUACUCUCUCACUUUAUACAAUAGGAAGUAUUAUUUCCACAGCAAUUUAUCUACAGAUUCACACCCUUACAAAGAUGUGCUGUGAUUUUCUAGCCCAAGAAAUCAGUGUUGAGAACUGUAUGUACAUUGCCAAUGUUGCAGAAACAUACGGACUAAAAGCAACCAAGGAAGCAGCGCACAAAUUUAUUAAAGACAACUUCAUUGAAUUUUCAGAAACUGAUCAGUUCCUAAAACUUACUUUUGAUCAGAUUAAUGAACUUCUUGCAGAUGAUGACUUACAGUUGCCUUCUGAAAUUGUUGCAUUCCAGAUUGCAAUAAAAUGGCUAGAAUUUGACCAAAAAAGAGUAAAGUUUGCUGCCAAUCUCUUAAGUAACAUCCGUUUUGGUACCAUCUCAGCCCAAGACCUUGUCAAUUAUGUUCAAACUGUGCCAAGAAUGAUGCAAGAUGCAGACUGCCAUAAGCUCCUAGUGGAUGCCAUGAACUAUCACUUGCUUCCCUAUCACCAGAAUACACUUCAGUCCAGAAGAACAAGGAUCCGUGGAGGUUUCAGAGUCUUAGUUACUGUUGGGGGACGCCCUGCUUUAACAGAAAAGUCUCUUAGCAGAGACAUCUUAUACAGAGACCCUGAAAACGGAUGGAAGAAGCUAAGUGAAAUGCCUGCUAAGAGUUUUAAUCAGUGUGUCACAGUGAUGGAUGGAUUUCUCUAUGUGGCUGGUGGGGAAGACCAGAAUGAUGCCAGGAACCAAGCCAAGCAUGCAGUCAGCAAUUUCUGCAGGUAUGACCCUCGUUUCAACAGCUGGAUUCACUUGGCGAACAUGAAUCAGCGGCGCACCCAUUUCAGCCUGAACGUGUUCAAUGGCCUCCUCUUCGCUGUGGGUGGCCGCAACUCCGAGGGCUGCCUCUCCUCUGUUGAGUGCUACGUGCCUGCAACUAACCAGUGGCAGAUGAAAGCCCCGCUGGAGGUGCCCCGGUGCUGCCAUGCCAGUGCAGUGGUGGAUGGCCAGAUCCUGGUCACAGGAGGUUACAUCAAUAAUGCUUAUUCUCGCUCAGUGUGCAUGUACGACCCCAGCAAAGACAGCUGGCAGGAUAAGGCCAGCCUCAGCACCCCAAGGGGCUGGCACUGUGCAGUGUCCCUUCUGGAGAGGGUCUACGUCAUGGGUGGGUCUCAGCUGGGGGGGCGAGCGGAAAGGGUCGAUGUUCUCCCUGUGGAGCGUUACAGCCCAUACACGGGGCAGUGGAAUUACGUGGCGCCACUUCAAACCGGAGUUAGCACGGCGGGCGCCUCCACCCUUAAUGGGAAAAUUUACUUAGUGGGUGGCUGGAAUGAAAUAGAGAAAAAGUACAAGAAAUGCAUUCAGUGCUAUAACCCAGAUCUCAAUGAAUGGACAGAGGAAGAUGAACUGCCUGAGGCCACUGUGGGUGUAUCUUGUUGUACUAUAUCCAUGCCCAACACCAAGACGAGGGAAUCCAGGGCCAGCUCAGUCUCUUCUGUCCCAGUCAGUAUCUAAAGAUAGGUCUAACCAGCAAUAAGUAAAAAUGUUUACCAGCACAGCAAUAUAAUUAACCCUUUAAGUAGAAUUUUUGGGCUUAUAUGGAAAAAAAAAAUUAUUGGCUUUGCAAAUGUGCUUUUUAACAGUGCAAACUGGCCAGUUUUCAUGAACUUUAGUACAGGUGGCAUGAAACAGCACAUUAGUGCCUUUAAACAGUGCAAACUGGCCAGUUUUCAUGAACUUUAGUAGAAGUGGCAUGAAACAGCACGUUAGUGAUAAGAUCAAUUUCCAUAGCAGGAAAAGAGAGAGUUAACGCAUAACCACAGAAUUUAAUUCUCCUCCUUAUUUUGCCACUGACUUACUAUACUAUCUGUGGCAAAUAAUUUCAUGUCUUUGUGCCUUGGUUUCCUUACCCAUAAAAUCGAGAUAAACUUGCUGCAGAAGAUUAUUAUGAGGCUUUUUAAUACAAAGUUUUAAAUGUUUUCAGAACCCAAAAUAAAAGUCAAAUAUGAUUAGUAAUAAAUAUCAAUAUAAAUUAGAAAUGUGCCAUAUCAUAAAAUUGAUCAGUUUUGUUCUUUUCUAAGCAUUUUCUAUUUUCAGAAACAGAAGGGGGAAAAAAGGCAAACCAAAAAUACCACAUAUAGCAUGUGCAUACUUUCUUUUUGGGACAAUGGUAUUCACAAAAACUUCUCAAAGCAUUUUCUCCUUCAGAAGGUAGAAAGAGUUCCUCAUCUUCUGCCAUGAAACCCUUUAAUUCCUAUACCAAAUGCUGUGACAUGGCUUUCAAGAUCUGAAUCCAUGAAAUACUUUAUCUCCCAUAAUCACUAUGGGCCAGACCCAAGGGGCUACUUUGGGUGACAGAUGUCUCUCCUGACCUCUGUGUACACCAAGGAACACCACCUCAUCCUUGUCCUCAUGCUGGGGAGACACCCCUCUCAUUCCAGGUUGAAAAACCUAGAAGCUGAGUUCAUGCCAGGAGACACCAAGGGCUAAUGGCAUCUGAACAUGGGGAAGAUGCACAGAACAAACUCCCUUACAUUACUCCAGCAAAUAACCAGUGGAGUGAAGAACAAAGAUGGAAUAAAGACUUCAGGAUCUGCCCCUUGGAAUUUAUGUGGAAAACAGAGAAUCACAGGAAAACUCCUUUAGUAGAAACAAAGAGAUACCAUAACACCUUUCUUGCCAGUUGUAGGCACAACAACACCUGAAGUAACUUUCUCCUGGGCGUACUAUUGUGUAUCUCCUUCUGAAGCCUUCAUUAUAGCCCUUUUCAUGGAGAUUUCAUUCAUAUUAUUCCAAAGGCUAGACUAACGCUCUUUGUGUUGAAGUUUUCCCAGUGAAUAGAAUGGAGUCUUCACUCAACUUAGUUUACGUUCCAAGAACUUUUCUUCCUGAUUUCAGCGUGAAGUAGGGGAAUUAGCAUGAAACCUAAUCCUAUUCUCAUAGCCAAAGGGAUAUGCAGCCCAUCGUGUCCUGGGAGGAUUUGACACCAAAGGACUUCUGUCAGCACAGAAUGUCUACAACAGCACAAAAUGUCUACAUCCUUCUUUUAGGGAGGAAAGAGGGAACACAAGGAAUUAAAAUGAUUUAAUAUAACCAGAAGGGCACUCACUUUAACCAAUUCAUGGAGGCUUCACAUUCAGUUUCUUCAGAUUAUCAUUAACACCUCCAGGCUUCAGUGCCAAUGAGAAGCCACACUCUUAGCAGCACCUAUGAGGCAGACAAAUUUUUAUCUCAUUUGCAAAAAGGGAACACUAUAAAAUUGUCUGUCAGUGCAGAUGUUGUUGAGACAAGCAUUUUCAGGACCCAAGCUCUUUGUAGCUUUGUUAAAGCUGCAAAUUGAGGAUCAGCAUAAGCGUGUCAUGGUAUUAGAAAUGAAGUAAUUCACUCUGUCAGUUGGGAUUAAACUCCAUGGUACUCAGUCCUGUUUUCCAAUUCUAACUUAGAGUUCAAGUUUGCAUCCUGACUAUAAAAUUUCGAAUUUCAAAUUGUAUUUUUGAGUGCUGUAUGUUAUUAAAUCUACUGCCACCAAUGACUUGUGGUCAGAGAAGCACUGUCAUAUAAUUUUGAUUCAUUCAGUUGGUAUAUAGGUGUCCUCUACUCUAUGUAAUUCAAAUAAUAACAAAUGUGGAACAGAGUAACAUUAAGUAUGAAAAUUCUGUUCUUUCCCAUUCCAGUCACCAAAUAUUUUUCCUGAAGAAGAGAAAAAUUUCUCUUUUCCCAAGUCAUGACCACAUGUUCCAUAUGAAUGCAUAUAGGAAGCUCUUUAGAAAUAACCAUCCGUUCCAAUACUUUUUUUUGUAAAAUUUUUUUCUCCAUCCAGUCCAAUGAAGACACCUGUAUACAUUCAAUUGUAACUGUAUACAUGGUGUAGUUAUUUAGUUUUUAUAAGGUAUCCACAAGGUUGCAUUUAUGAAUUGAAAAAACCUACUAUUAUGGCCUCAAACAGACAUUGGAUGCAAUUGUCAUAUGCAAGUGUCUCUUUCUCCCUUUAGGAAUUCAGUUCCAAAAUGCCAUGAAUAGUCAGACACUGCUGCAUGCUUUCCUGUUUAUGAGCUAGCACUUCAUGUACAUCAACAACCAUCUUGGUUUUGAGUAGUAAAUUAUUUAUGAAUGAUGGGCUAAGUGCAAUGAAACUUCUCUCUUACUACUUAAAGGGUUAAAAACUUUGGGGGCCAAAUCCUUUUCAUCUUACUCGCAAAAAAAGGUUCCAUUGACUUCAGUGGGACUACUGAAUAAGAUGUACAGGAUUUCGAACUCUUGGCCAAAUUCUGGCAGAACAGUAGGUAAAACUGUCAUACCUAGAAGGAAGACUGCUCCGUUGCCUCCAGUGCCUUUGGCCACAACAUGCUGACAUGUCCUAGGACAGGAGGCAAAUACCACUGGCCAUGUGUUCCUUCUGUAGCACAAGUUAGGUACAUACUUCAGGCCAAAAAUCUUAGGUAGAUUAACAACUGGUAUUGUUACCAAUACAACACUACAGGUUGGCUUUACAUUAUUUUCUCUAAACAUCUUUUUAGGUUUCAACUGCACAUUGAGCCAGGAUUUGGCCCUUAAUAUGUGACACUAUUAGCUGGACUUAAUAUUAUGUUGAAUCAUACUCUGUACUGAGCUAUUUGUGACAUUUUUAUGUAUGACCUUCUUUUGUUAGAACUGUGAAAAUUAUUUGUCUGUUCUGUUUUAUGGGAUAGUGUUCUUUCAUUGUCUGGUACCAUAUAUUCAAUCUCUAGAUAUUUAAUAAUGACAUCUCAGUUGAACUUGAAAUACUGUAUAUACCAGAAAGAAGUUUUAAAGUACAAGGAAGUACUGUAUACAGUAACAUUAAGUAGAGCAGAAAAUUUCCAACUGUGUGAGAUGCGGACUGUUAAAGCACUACAGGGAUCUUUUUUAAUGCUAUACUAGUAGUAGGAAAAAAAACCAAAAAAACAACAAAAUAAAUUAACAUAAGCUGUUGCCUUCUAAAUUCUGUAUAAAACACAGAUGCAUUUUAUAGUUGACACAUGUGCUUCAAAUUCAGAUCUGAAAAAUAAGCUUUCUUCAGUUUGUGAGAGAAGCAGUUUGCUAGGGUUUGUUUUCUUGUUUAUUCCUGACUGUUUAGGUGCAUGGGAGAGUGUGUUAGAGAUUGAGAGGGAGGGACUUACUGCUGGAAAAUUGUGCUGAAAGGAAGGUGUUGUGUUUAGUUCUUAAUCAAGACAAGAUAAUGAUCAUUCAAUUUCUUCUUCAAGUUAACCUGCAAGAUCAUCUGUGGGUCAGUCAAGAGUCCAGUAAAUUUGAAUCCUUCAAUGAGGAAAGCAGGCAAAAUUAGCAUCAACCAAGCUCAAUGAGGUAUUGAAAAGUGCUUUGUGUUGAGAUUUUUAAAUGACAAUUCUUGCAGAAAAAAGGAUGCAAUGAAUGAAAUGACAGAGUAAGAACAUUUAUAUUAUCCUGAAACCUAGAUUAGUUUCUCUGACAGUUCUAACUCUUUACCAAAUCAUACUGGGUUUAGGAGCAGUUUUUCCUUAGCAGCAGCUGGGCUUGGUAAUUCUAGUUGCAAACCCAGCAGUCACACAGAGAGUUGUAUGAGCACACAUGCCUUCUUGCAUUCAGUGGGACUUCUGCUACAGAAGAUAUUCUCAGGGAUUUAUACUUGGAAAAAUAAAAGAACGAAAUCCAUGAGUAGACAAACAUCAAUGUCUAAUUAAAGGCAACAUGAGGGUGUUAGACUGAUUCUCAGCAUCACCAUUCACUUACCAUACCAGUACAUGGCAUUUUUUGAGACUCAAUUACCCUGUAAGGAUAGUAUUUCCUUGGAAUGGCUGCUCAAUCAUACACUCCAAGGUUUUUUCUGCAACACAAAGGAUGGGAGGUGCUCUAGUCCAUGGAAAGGCCAAAAUGGAGCCACUUAAAACCAUCAGCAAGCUAAGAUUUUGUUCCAGUCCUCAAGGAUGUUUGAGAAAAAUAUGCUGGAACAAAGCACAUACUGCAACACAUACCUUUCCAUAAGUAACUUCACUUAUGUUUCAUAACUGAGAUUUUCAUCAUCUUUCUGAUGAAAAGCAAAGAUCAAUUUUCAAUUGUCUGUAACUUCAAUUCUCACCUGAACUGAAUUUUCAGUCCAUUUUAGUCCAUUUUCAGUCCAUCCAAGAUCUCCUGGGAGAUCUUUUUCAAAGUCUGAAUUCACCUGCACAGAGAAUGCAAUUGGAACCAGUAGUCCUACUAUAGGUUCUUGACCUUUUUACAAUGAAUCUUCUAAUCUUUUUUUGUCAAAGAUUUGCUUUGUGUAAGUACUCAAAAACAUUGUAAUGCACAGAUUUAUACUUCGACUUCUCCUUAAAAGAUUUCUUGUCUCAGUUUCAGUUUCUCUUUUCUUAUCCAUAACUGAGUGACUAUCAGAGCAUCAAAGAUGCACAGAUGUGUAUCUGUAAAUGCUCAGCUGUGAAUCUAAAAAUCUCAUUGCUGGUAUCCCCAAUGAAGAAAAGAACACAAUCUGAAAUGCCUGGACAAAUUAAUAAAAAAAGGGUGAAACAUCACAGAAUCAUGGAAUAUUCUGAGUUGGAAGGGACCCAUAAGAUCACAGAGUCCAACUUUGCUCAUUUGCAAGUGUGACCCUGCACAGAGCUCUGUUCCCAGAAGUUCCCUAAAGAAUAAAGGAAAAUAUGUGCAAUUCUAUACAGCUGGUGUGAGAGAUUUGGUUAACACCAGAUAAAUUUUGCCAUGCAAAAGGCAUGUCUCAAUGAAAAUUUUCAAUAACAAUAUAGGCAAUUAAUAAACUUAUGAGGAAUAGGCAAUUUCUGUUGGUAAGAAUGGGAACACAGAUAUUUAGGUACACUGUGAAAGGAAGAUGAUGUUACUCUAGUUGCAGUCUUAGCAGUUCCUUUAUUGGCAAGAAAAGUUAAAAAUAAAACUUCUUUGUAUAAAGCAUUUUUCUGGCUUAUAAGUGUUAGAUUGCUUAAACAGAAGGGUUUUCUAAGUGUACACUUUAAAGAUGGACUGUGAUAACAAAAGGGAACAUAUUACAACAGAAAAAAAUCUGUAAGUGUAAUGUGAGAAUAUUACUACUUAAAAACUAAAAUUUGUAGUACAGCAAGUUGUCAUUAAGAGGAAAACAGCAUGUUGUUAUUUUUCAUUGUGUGCUUUAAAUAAAACUGUUGACACAUGGUGCAAACAAAUUAUUCUUACUGUAAAAUCAGUUGGAAACUGCGAGACUGUCUUUCUGACAAAUGCCUGGUUGCAGUUGAAAUACGCUUUGUUUUCUGAGCCCUGGGCUGAUCCUUGCUUUCAUAUCAGCCAACUGGAAUGUUUGUUACACCCAGGCCAUCAAACCACCUUCACAAUAAGCUGUGAUUGUCACAAUGUGACAAUGUGACACUUUUAUCUUUUCCAUUUUAUAACAAAAAUAACAACUUGCUUUUUUACAAAGCAUUUCACAGUCUUUUGUUGUAAUCUAAAUGCCUAACAAGAAGUGAUGAUAAAUCAGAUGUCUGACUAGCAACUGAUCAUGUUUUUAUUUGGAUUGUAUGGCUAACAGUACCAAAAAUAAAAACAUCUAAAUUUCAAGGAAAAUAAUUUGUCAAAAUUCUGAAGAGCAAUUAAGUUGUGCCACAGAUGAGAGGGUUUGAGAUGUCAAAAAUUGUUCCUUGUGUUGUGACACCAAGGACUUGGUCCAAAGUGUGAUUCUAUAGGUUACAACCUGAACGGUUACCUGGCCUGUGGCUGUCAAGACAUCAUGACUAUGGCUUCCUAAGAUUCCAUAAUACACAAGGACAGAGGCUUUAUCCUCUGAAAUGUUCUACUUUAUUACAUUUAGCACAAAGAUCACUGCUAGCAAGUAUACCAAUAGUUAUUACAGCUAAUAUGAAGAUCAAUGGAUAUGAAUGAAUAUGAAUGUCAAGCUAUUACAAUUAUUAUCAGUAAUCAAUAAUAUCAGUCAAUAAGUAUAGUGUCAAUCAAUACUUGCAUCAAGCAGUAUGGUAGGAUACCUGAUGACAGCAACAAUUAAGUAGGGAUGUACUAUUACAAUUACUGGAGCUUGCCACUGAAACAAACUGAUCAACAAUAAUAUAACAGCAAAUAUGCUUAAUGUACGUAAUAUUUACAUUCAGCAAAUUAGCCAGACCUAAGAAAAAGCCAAACCAGCCCAAAAGGGAGGAACAAACUCAUCCUGGAGGGGGCACUCAAUCAUCCCCAAAAGAGAGGAAGAAAGACCCAAGCAGUAAGACAACAGAGUUCCUCUUCAAAAAAGAUCCCUGACACAAAGUCUGGAGUCAGCCAGCACUCCCACUGAGUCCAAGAGAAUGGACAGUUCACAUGGGAUUCAGCUGGGAAUUUCUCAGAGGGAGACAACUUUAGUUCCUUUUAUAACAGAGAGACAUUGAGUGUGUGUAGGAGAUUCUGCUUUGAGAAGUUAAUAGAUGAUGUUAAUUUCUAUUUUUUACUUCUAACAGGCAAUAGAUGAUUCUGUUUUCUGAUUAUUUUUUACAGCAAUUUUGUAUCUCUGUGCUGUUUUCCACUUUCUCAAAAAGUAAUUUCUGAGAAUUUGCUGAGAAAUUGCAUAAACAAUUUUCAAGUAAAUUGUCAUUACAGUCUCUUGGAUUUGCACUUAUUCCUGGUACCUUGGGAUGUCACGGGUUUCUAGGUCCCUGGCUGCACUUCUCUAGGAUGCUUGCAGUUCCCGGGCCUAGUCCUCAGUCUCACAAUCCCAGGCUGGCAGACCUCUCUCUGUUAUGAUUUUCAACCAACAAAUUCUUCCGUACAGCAAUUUUCCUCUUCUAACCAGGUUGCAGACAGCUGGGUGAGCAAAGUCAGCUAGGUGGGCCUGCUGGCUCUGAACUAGGACCCAUGCACCUCUGGUGCAGCAGCUGGGCUCCUUAGGGCGCCUGAAAAGAUACUGCAUGCCUGUGAGUGUGCUAACCUGCACAUCAAAUCUGGGGGUCAGGACUCAGUUGUCUAAAUGCCCCUUGUGAGGAUGCCCCAGGUGCUGCAGAACAUUUCAAAUGGCACUGGGUGUCCAGCUAUGGCCACUAAGUCAAGCCUGGGGAAGAGGACUUAUGUGCCACUCUGGUCUGCACACUGCAGUCCAGAGUGAAUGGCUGACCUGUGCGUGUGCUGAUAUGUCCACUAGUCCUGGCUGCCUUGGUGAUGAGGAUUUUGAGGAAGCAAAAGGGAUGACUUUGCUUCAAAAUUCAAGAAUGGCUUUGAAGAGUCAAGGUGAGUUUGUAAUUAUAAGAACUGCUAGAAAGAGAGAUAUUACAAUUAGACUAUGAUAUAAAAGCAAAAAUAUCUUAAGCAAGUCUUGACAAAUGCAUUAUAAAUGCUGGUAUUUAGCAAUACUCAGCAUUGCUAAAGUAAACAUGGAUUAAAUUAGAAACUGUCGGGAUCCUUUAUUUCUUAUAUUUGCCUUGUUACUUAAGGGCUUGAGAAAACGUAUUUUUCUCUAUUGAAGUUAUAUUUCAGAGCUUAUUAUGUCAUCAUUUGCCUUCAAAAACAGUUAAAGAAUAUGAGUGAAAUAUUUACUUAGCAAAAGCUGAUUUUUCUGUAAAUUAUCCAUAAUUUAGCUUUAAGUCUUGCAUAGAUUUAUGGUGUCCAUUAUAGCAACUUAAACCCAGAAUGUAGAGGCCUAUAAAUUGGUAUGCUGCUUGUUUUCAUGGAAUGCUUAUAAGGUAGAUGUUACUCAAACCUAUGGCACAGUAUUCUUUUUUUCCUUUGAAGGACACCAUGUAUUUUAUAAGUAAAAUUCCUAAGUAGCACAAAAAGUUCUACCUGAACAUGAGGAAGAACUGUACUGUGCAGAUGACUGUGCAUUGGAACAGGUUGCCCAGAGAAGCUCCAGAGUAUCCCUCACUCAAGAAUCAUCUGGACACAAUCCUUUGCCAUGUACUCUAGGAUGACCCUGCUUAGGCAGGAGGCUGGACCAGAUGACCAUCUGUGGUCCCUUUCAAUCUGACCCAUCCUGUGACUCUGAUUCUGUAGUGAUGUGAGAAUAACUGAAUAAGGUCAGAGUUCUGCUGAAUUUAAUUAGAAACAGACAAAUCGAACAGACUGCUUUUGUGUUGUGUUAUUUGUGUAUGGA